AUGCAAGCGCCAUGUGAACCGCGCGAACCGUACAAACGCCACGCCAAGGUGCCGUGCGAGGUGUGCGAGGUGUGCGAACGCCUUCGGGCCGGGCCAUCCCACACCGCGUGGGACGGGGAUUUCUCGGGACAUCGCCACGGGAGCUGCCUCUGUUGCUUUGCGCUGUGUGUACGUACCGAGCAAAUCUGCUGGUUGGCAUUAGAAACUCGCUCGCGAUACUGUGACAAAGCACCUGUAAAAUUACAGCAGAAAGAAAUCCGAGAGGCUGCAGUGACAAAUGCUCAUGCCUCCCCGUCCGCCCCCGAGCAGCGAUACCUCUUUGACAUCUCCAGCCUGCCUGAGGCGGAGGAGGUGACGGGCGCGGAGCUGCGGGUCCUGCGUGCCCUCCCCGAAAACCGGAGCUUGGCCCUGUCCCCUGAAGGCACCUUCCACCACCUCCUCCUCUCCACCUGCCCAAGCUGGGAUGGCGAGGAGCCCCGGCUGCUGGACUCCAGGGCUGCAGACAUUUUGGAUGCGGGCUCCUCCAGAUGGGAGGUGUUUGAUGUCUGGGAAGCCCUGCGGGAUGGGAGGGAGAGAUCUCCCUCUGGCAAGCUGCUGUGCUUCUCGCUGAGGAUCGUCUCGGAUCAGUCGGGGCGGCUCCUGCCCCCCCGGCAGCUGGGGUUCAGCAAGCCCCGGCCGCAGCCCCAUGAGCGAGCCCUGCUCGUGGCCUUCUCCCGCACCCAGAGGAAGGAGAACCUCUUCAGGGAGAUCCGGGAUAAGAUCAAGGCCCUGGGCAGCCCCCCCUUCCUGGAGCCCCCCGAUCCCGGCCAGGAGGCAUACCCCAAGCGGAGGAAGAGACGGACCACCAUCGCCGCCCGGUCUGGGGGCAGAGGCCAUGGGAAGAAGGCGAAGACCCGCUGCAGCAGGAAGCCCCUGCACGUGAACUUCAAGGAGCUGGGCUGGGACGACUGGAUAAUCGCCCCCCUGGAUUAUGAGGCGUAUCAUUGCGAGGGGGUCUGCGACUUCCCCCUGCGCUCCCACUUGGAGCCUACCAACCACGCCAUCAUCCAGACCCUGAUGAACUCCAUGGAUCCGGACUACAGCUGCCAGGAACGGACAGACAGACGACAGACGUCACCCACCUCAGGUCUGGAGGUGACCGACAGAGAGCAGGGCGACGGGUUGGGUCUCGCGAUGCUUUACCCUGACCCCAGUGCUGGGGUGCUGUGCGCUGCUGGGGCUCUGCCCUGA